UGCUCUGUGUCUUUAAGGCCGGAUCUGAACCCUCUCACUCGGCUGACUGGUGCCACGCUGCGGCGCCUGCUCAGUGCGCCUCCGCUGCUGCCGCUGCUCGGAUCCUGGACCAGGAGCUCCUCUGUCCCGUGCGCUCGCCCGUGUGCAUGUGUGUGUGAGUGUGUGAGUGUGUGUGUGUGAGUGUGUGCGCGCGCGCGCUGUCUGAUGGUAACCUAUGGAUUGACGGGAGGGAGGCUAUUGUUGUCAGCCCGGCGGUUUGUUCUGCUGGAGCUGCACUUUCACCGGAGAAUGCCCAGAGGAACCGGAGCUGUGUUGCUGCACGGAUAGCGCAGAAAUACACUCGAGAAACACGAUAUUGACAUGAAGAAAGACAUUGGGACUCUAAUAGCAGAGGAACGUGCUGACAUCAUCUUGAAAUAUGCUACGGGCAGGCAGGGCGGGGUGGAGAUCGACCCCUGGGAAGAUGCGGACUACAGCAUUUUCAAAGUCAUUGACCGUUUUGGCUUCAUGCAUGAGGAAGAGCUGCCAGCCCCGACUGCACAUGAAGAGAAGCUGAAGCAGCUGGAGGUGGAGAGAGCAGAGAAAUGGCUGAAGAUGGUCAAGAAGUGGGAUAAAUACAAGAAUAGUGACAGGAUGGUGAAACGGGUGUAUAAGGGCAUUCCCCUGCAGCUCCGAGGCCGGGCCUGGGCUCUGAUGCUGGAUGUGGAGAGGGCGAAGAAGGACAAUGAGGGCAAAUACGAGAGAAUGAAGGAACAGGCCAGACUGUACUCGUCUGAGAUCAAACAGAUCGACCUGGACAUCAACAGGACCUUUCGAAACCAUAUCAUGUUCAUGGAUCGCUUUGGAGUCAAGCAGCAGUCUCUCUUCCACGUCCUGUCUGCGUAUUCAGUCUACAACACAGAAGUGAGCUACUGCCAGGGCAUGAGUCAGAUCGCUGCCCUGCUGCUCAUGUACAUGAACGAAGAAGAUGCCUUCUGGGCCCUGUCACAGCUGCUGACCAAUCAGAAACACGCCAUGCAUGGGUUUUUUGUUCCCGGGUUUCCCAAACUUCAGCGGUUCCAGGCACAUCAUGAUCAGAUUAUUUCCAAACUCAUCCCCAAGUUGAAGAAACAUCUGGACAGAGAGCAGAUGUCUGCAGGGAUUUACAGCACUAAAUGGUUCCUACAAUGUUUCAUUGACAGGACGCCGUUCACCCUGACCCUCCGCCUGUGGGACAUUUACAUCCUGGAGGGAGAGAGGCUCCUCACCGCCAUGUCUUACACCAUCCUGAAGAUACACAAGAAGCGUCUCUUGAAGAUGUCCCUGGAGGAGCUCCGAGAGUUCCUGCAGGAGCGGAUCGCUCAGACCUUCUUCUACAGCGACGACGUGAUCGUGGAGCAGCUGCAGGCCUCCAUGACUGAGCUGCGUAAGAUGAAGCUCGACCUUCCUCCUCCAGGGAAGCCUGAUGAGUUGCCUCGUAAGCCUCUGGGCCAGGAGCUGCCGGUGCUGCUGAGUCCAGUCCAGCCCUCCAGAGGGAAGCCGUCCUCAGCCAGCGGUUUCCCCAGAGCAGGCCUGAGCCUCCACAUCAUCUCCCACCAGCCUGACUCCAUAUCCCCAGACCAGAGCCCCUCCAAGGACCCCUUGGAACUCCAUGCUGCGGACGAGGAGGAGGCCCCGCUGCCUUCCCCAGACCCCGUCAUCAUCCACAGCCAGGCCCCACUCACCCCCGAUGGCUCCCCGCUGACGGGGCCUCCGCCUUACCAGCCCCCAGCGGUCCAAGCAGAUCAGCCCCCGCUGUCAGAUCAGGUUAAGGAUGAGGUGCGACCUGAUGCAGCUCCACAGAUCGCAGAGGUUCCCUCAACAGACGAUCCCACUGUGGACGGUCACAUGACUGUGAGCACUGACCAAUCCUCCUGCAGGGUCCCGAGGACUCUCUCGACGCCCGUAGCCGCCCCGCUGGCCUCGCCGGCUCCGGGCCAGGCUCAGUCUGAGAGUCUGACGGCGGCAGAGAAGGCAGAGGACAGUUAUCUCGUCCAGCUGCUGGAGCAGGCCUCUGCUCUGUCCGGCAGCGGGAACCUGAACAAGGACUCAGGUGCAGCGUCAGAGGAAACACAGGCUGUGGACAUUUCAUGAAAAAAGCUCCAAAAUGCAGAUUGCAUGUGUGUGAUUGGAUUGGAUUAUGUGUCAGUGGCACAAAUUGGCCUUUUUCACCUGUUAGGUUCAGAUCAGGCAGUUCAAACAGUUUGGUGGUUGAUGUUACCAUUAAUGUUUUGUUCAAAAACUAGACAAGUAUGAUUUAUCAGUCAAGAUUAUCAGUGUCAAGCAAUAAUUGCUUAAAAAUGUGUCGUCAGUUUCAGGACCAAUAUUAAUUUUGGUGAUCUAAUUUGUUGGUUUUAAAGAGGUAAUGUUAUUAUUUGACUUUCUUUAACUUUCUAAAAUGUUUUGUAAUGACUCUUAAGAGGCAAAUUUUCUCCUUGUAGGUAUUUAAAUCCAUUUUCACAUGAAACAGAAGAUAAAAGUGCAACAUCAAACAUGUUUGAAAAUGUCAGUGAAGACUGUCGGUCGGCCAGGUUGUCAGAUAUCUGGAAGUAUAAAGUCAAAAGCAGGAUAACUUCCUGUUUGGUCCUUAAAAAACACAAAAACCCCUCAGCAGGGUUCAUAUUUAUCAAGCGUCUCAGAAUCCCUUAUAGGAGUUUUACUGAAAGUUGAACUAAAAACAGUUCCAGUCCCAGUUUGUCACUUACUGUAUGAUGUUUCCUACACUGGUUUCCAGCAAAGAGAAGGAUGAGACCUGGGACUGAGUGUGACGUCGCUGAUUUUUAAGUAGAAAUAAUAAAGAUGUAUCAUAGUUUUUCUGACUAUUAAAGUUUGGAAUAUUAACAGUAAAAUCCAAAAUGCAGAAUAUAGCACUACUUUUUCAUGUGUAGGUUCUAUGUGUCGAGGCAAAUAACUUGAUUUGUGAUGUGUGCAAAAGUAAAUGAAAAAAAAAAGAAAAUUCCUAUUAUAUCAUAACUUAAAUGUCAUAAUCAUAAUCUUCAGAGAUCCUGGAUAGUGUUCCAGACAACUGCAGCAGUAUAUAAAAAUGGAUUUUUACAUAAUAAUAAUAAUAAUAAUAAUCAUAAUAAUCAUAAUAAUCAUAAUAAUAAUAGUUAAACUCCCUCUUGUUGCAUCGUCUGAGUUAGUUAACUAUCCAGGAGUUGUAUUCUGUAAGUGAGACCUGAUGUAAUUUGCAUAAUUCUUCUUUCCACUGUAAGAAAUUUCAGAUUUUUAAAAUGUGCCAGAAGUAGAUGUUUUCAGGAGGGAAGUUUGGAUAUGACCCUUAUAAGCUUAUUUAUUAAUUUAGGAAUCUACAGCUUGUUUUUAAAGAGUUGUAGAGAUCUGGAGCACCAGAAGGUGGCAGUAUUUAGUCUUUUGACUAAAAGUGUUUUUCGUGUCAUGGCCUCCCCUGAGAGCUGCUUAUCUAGAAUACAGCCUAAAUAAUUAACAGCAGUUUUUGCUGCUGCUGUCUGACCAACAGUACCGUAACUGAAAGUUCUGCAUGUUGUCUUAGUUUGACUCAUGAUCCAAAAUGAUGGCCCCAGUUUUCCCUAAAUGAACAGAAAGUUUAUUACCAGACAGUAAAUCUGCAGUAUUCUCCACUCAAAAUGACUCUGGAGCUCUCUGACAUAUUGGCAGAGAUAGAAGUAAUUUCCUCAAUUAAGAACAACAAUAGAAUAAUUUUACUCCUAAGACUAAAAGUAGGGAGUCACUAAAAUUUUCUGGUGACAGCUGAUAAAUUUGGGCACCGUUACCUCGUCAUGAGUCCUGUUCAGCCUGUGGAAACAGUUGUGCAGUCGUCUUUGGCUCUAGAGGAGCUUUAAUAACCACUGAUGAUGUCACGAUGAUGUCAGCAGUCGAAAGCCUGCAAUGAACACUGAGGUUUUAACAAUGUGGGUGUUUACCAGGCAGGUGCAUUAUGGGAAGUGUAGGAUCCAGUGUAUUUUGGAGCUUCAAACUGAAUGUUAUGAUAUCUCAACCUUUGAUUUGGUCUCUUGCAAAUCCCUCAACUUAUGAGAGUUUAAUACUUCAUGAUAGUAAUAAAUGAGGAUGGGAGACAUUUAAAUCUGCAGCAGACAUCACAGUUACAAGUAAACUCCACCUGUGAAAACCAGACAUGUGGUUUUAAUUUUCAAAGACAUUACAAAUAAUGGUUUCGGCCGAAAUAAAAAUGGAAAUAGUUGAAAAUCAGAUUACAGUCUGUGCACCUCACCUUCCACCACACCACCAUCACUACCACUGUGUGUUUCUAAAAGAUUCCUCCAUUUAAUCCUUUAAUAAUUUAUGCUAUUUGCAUUUUGAGAAAUUAUGUUAAUUUUCCAGGAUUUGUGACACUUCCUGUUUGUCUGAAAGGCUUUGAAGGAGUUUUAUUGUAGAGAGAAGCGUACGGAAGUCUCCGAGGCAUCACCCUUUACAACAAAAGAAACACUUUUGUAGUUUUUUGUAACGUUUCGUCAGACAACAAAAUGUUUCCUCAGUCAGCCUUUGUAAAACGUUUGCUAGCAGAGUUACACUUUUAUUUUUUGUACUAAUGUCUUUGAUGCCUUAUUUGGAUCGGCUUCAGUUCUUCUGUGGACGUUGUUGACAUCGAACCCUGCCAGCAACAGAGGAAGUAAUAUAAUUUGACUCUACACAUGGAAAAAAGCAACUUUUCAGGAGUUGGACUGAACAUGAAACCUCUGACAUGGUGAGCUGGCUCGCUGUUAUGAUUGUACGCAUUGAAACCUAUUGAGCUCAUUUAAUAUUUCAUAAGUGGUUUUUCUAGCUCAGUAAUUUAUUGUUUUAUCCUCUUAGAAAGGCAUCCAGGUCACUUAACAAAUUGUUCUCACCAUUUUUGAAGAACUGGAAAACUUUGUGCGUUUCCAUGGAGCUCCUCGAAUUGUUAAAAUAGGCUUUGUUGGUUUUUUUUUUAUAUUUAAUCUUACUGAGAAGAAUCUGGAUGUAGAUGUACCAGCUUCUGUUAAUUGUGUUUAGAAAUGUACAGUAUUGUAGAACCAGUAGGUAAGAGUUAGGACCAGUUUUCCCCAUCUGAACGUAGAGAAAAAGCAUUUCUUCAACUGUGUGCUUAGAAAUAGUGAAAGGCUGACAUCUUGUGGUUGGUUUAGAUAAAGCAUGGUUCAACCCUGAAGAGUAGAAAUGUAGAAGAGUUUUAAACCUCUAAAAUUAUUCUAGUUGACAACAUUAGAAAUAUUCCAAGUUGAACAAUUUAAAGCCAUUAUCAUGAAAUUGGUGAACAUGUUCUGUUUUUAUAUCAUUUAACUGUGUUUCAGUCUCAAAACUUUUAAAUAAGUAAAAUCAGAGAGUAAGUUAUAGUAAUUAAAUUGUUAAGCACUUCAGGUUAGAGAAUGGAGGGAAAACAUAUAGUGUUUUAUUCCUGGCUACAGAUUUAUUGUACAUUGAAAUACGCAGCAACUUUUGUUAGAAGUCUGAACAAGUCGAUGAAACUCUGGAGCUGAAAAAUUACAACUUUUAUCUUCCUUGA